AUGGUUCAGAGCCCAGUAUCCAACAGCAACAAGCCGUCCAUCGUCGUAGUUCCUGGAUCCUUCUCCCCAGCAUCCUUCUACAUCCCUAUUGUUAACAAACUCCGCGAGAAUGGAUAUGAAGCCAUGGUCGAAAAUCUUCCCUCAGCCAGCCGUUCACCUCCCGAAGCACCUGCAACAAUGGAAGAGGAUGCUGCCUUUUUCCAUGACGUUUUCGAAAAGCUUGCAGACCAAGGAAAGGACGUUGUCGUUGUAACUCAUUCCUAUGGAGGCGUACCUGGAACGGAAGCCACCAGGGGUCUCGCCAAAGCCGAGAGAGCUGAAGCUGGGAAACCGGGCGGGAUCUCCCGAUUGGUGUAUUUGACCUCCGUCGUACCUCCGCCCGGAAAUUCGUUGCAAGAUCUCAUGGGAGACCUCGUUCCGUCAUUUAUCCAGUUUGAAGGAGAAUUCAUGAAACAUGUUAUCGAAGAGAGCGCGAAACUCACGUUUUCCGACCUUCCGUUCGAGGAAGCGGUUGAAUGGGUCAAGAAGAUGCCGUUUCACUCUGGACCCAGCUUCACGGGCAAACUCACAUAUCCCGGAUAUAAAUACAUCCCCGUUUCGUUCAUUCAGUGCGAAAAAGAUGUGAUUUUGCCGCCAGAGUUCCAAAAUUCGGUGAUUGAGACCAUCCAGAAGGAAAGUGGAAACCCGGUGGACCUUCACACCCUAGCCACCGGACACUGUCCCAACGCCAGUGCUCCAAAUGAUGUGGCAAAGAUUAUUAUGAUUGCGGUGGCGGCAGCUUGA